GACAGAGUGCGUCCGUGCGCGUGGUGGUAACGGUAGCAAGAUGGCGGCGCUGAAGGAGGAGCAGUGCUACGGACUGUCCUGUGGAAGAGUGAGCAACGGUAGCAAUGUCUCCGUCUUUCACGUUAAACUCACUGACAGCGCACUGAGAGCUUUCGAAGGCUAUCAGAGCAGCAAGGUAAACGUCUGUUUUCAGUGUGGUGACAUUUUGUUUUUUUUAUUUGAAAUGUGUCCGGGCGUCAGUGACAGUCAGGCAGAGUGAGGUCAGUCGCCUCUCUGCCUGCCUGCCUGCCUGUCUGCUGCUUUCAUGCUGUGAUACUCAGCAGCAGCAGGCUGACCGUGGCUGCUUAGUUUGGAUUGAAAAGUGUCGACUUUAGCAACCACAACAGCUCUCAGCCGGCCGAGCUGACUGGAGGUGGAUGUUAAGGUAGCUUUGUGUGGUAGCUACACCCAGACUCCACGCCGUCUGUCGAGCCCUGUGAGGUUUCUCAGUCCUUUAACAAGCUGACUGCUCAGUCCUGCUCAAUACUCAGCUCCACUUAUUUCAAUUUUAGGGUGUCUGCCAUAGUUUUCGUUUUAACUCGUUUCUUUGGAUACAUUUUCUCUCUUGAAUGCCUCUUACCACCUUAAAGAAUGAUUGCCGAAAAUAUUUAACAACUUUUGUCGUGUUACCAGAAAGUUUGUCUAACUGUCAUAAAAUCCGUUAAAUCCAACAAGCUAACCGAGCAGCCACUUUCCCAUAUAUAAUGCUAAUGUCUGCAUGUAUAGGAGACGUUCGCAUAAUGUGUGGGAGUUGACUUUAAUCAUUUCUAAAUGUAAAAUUCUGGGAAAUCCCUGUGGCGUUUGAGUUUCUAACGUAAAAACCAGAGGAUAAUGUGGAAAAGUACCUAGUAUUCCUGCGAAAAAUGGCCAUCUCCUUUACCCACCCCCUCACUGUCCUCACAGUCCUCGCAGGCUCGUGUUCAUUUGAUAGCUUUAGAGGUUGGUCGAAGUUGUUAAACAGUAAAUUUGGCAUGUUAAAUAGUUUUUAUUUGUUAAAAUAAAGAGGGUAAUACGACGUCUAAUCGUUGAAAAGUGUCUCCUGCUUCUUGUUGCUAAUUGUGCCUUCUGGUCUGGAUUUAUAAGUCUGUUGAUGGUCAUCUUACGUUUCAGCUUCUAUAAAUAUUUGACAGGGAAAACCUGGCAGGCCAGCAGGACAGGGCCUUAUCUCAGCUUCAGUGGCUCUGUGCAGCAGGCCUGUAGCUGAUAAGCCUCAACAAUAAAAUUGUUGCAGGUAAUUGGGCAGCUAGGAUGUGUAGAGUUGGUGUUGACCUAAUACAUAAUGCACACAGUGGAUUGUCAGUAUAAAGGGCACACCCCUUUUGACUCCUCAAACAAUGUAACAGAAAGACAGUGAUUUAAUCUUCAAGUUUUAAAGGGCCUUUGAAUAUUACAGUUGAUGAAUAGGGGUGGGGAUCUGAGGAUUUCUCACUUACGAGACUCACAGGCUCCAAUAUUAUCACAAAACAGCAAUUUAGCAAUAGUUGAGAAUUAGCUAGACAAUGGUAUGAUGAAACAUCAUGAUGUUUGGUUAAAUGAAGAAUACAAAACGCCUCAAAAUGGUAACGUGCCAUUAUCAACACCACCAAAUCACAAUGUUGUGAUGCAGCACGUCAAACUGGAAGGGAAAUUUAUUUUGAGUUCUGUAUUAUUUUUUUCAAAAAAGAUAUGGAUACUUGGCACCAGCAAUGCUGUAAUAGCGCUGCACAAGUGAAGACAACAGCUUAUUGCCAUAUUUUUGUUCUUGCCCCACCCUUUAUGUGGACUGUUGACAUAUUGCAUUUUCUGAGGAAUGGGAAUCGAGAACCGGUUGUUGUUGAGAACUGGUCCCAAAUGGUUCAAUCCAUCGACAUUGUUUACAUUUUAUCUUAACAAUUCCCUUAAUGGUUCCUUUCUUCCUGUCGUCACCCGUGGCUGCUCCGUCUCAGCAACGGCAUGGCAGGUACAUAUGUCCUGUUAAAAUAAGCUUAAUGUAUGCCAGACUUGGACUAACUGAGUUAGAAGCGCAUCAAAAACACUCGACCCGACCCAAAAAACUCCAGAAAUUUUGCGCGCGACUCCGCCUCCGGCUUCGUAAUGUCCUGUUUUUGGGGAUCCAGAAUAUGGUCACCCUAAUUUGACUUAAUAAUGACCAAAGUUAACGCUGCACAAAUAGUUUGUUGUUUGAUUAUUUUUAGAAUACUGUUAUCAGAGACUCAACACAAUUUUGAGUUAACGGUGAAAACCCAUAGUCUAGUUUUCUUUUUUUUUUUUAAAUCAAAGAAAGGCAUUGAUAAGAGAAUCAUUAAAGAAUUGAAUCAAUAAUGGCAUCGAUAUCAAUAAAAUCCUAUCAAUUCCCAUCCCUACAUUUUCUUUACUUUUUCUUAUAGUAUUUCUUGAGGGGAAAAAGUACUUGCUGUUCUUUGAUCCAUGUUUCUUAAUUUUAUUUAUUUAUGAGCUUCUGUAGUUAAGAGGAGAAAAUAUGAAGCAUUUGACAAGAAAUACUUGUGUUGCUACAUCCAACAUAAUUAACAGUUACAGAUUCGCUGAUCGCACAAAUCUGUGUUGAUAGAUAUUAGUGUUGUAAAUAUCAAUUUCAGUUUUUGUCUGUUUUGUUAACAAGCCAUGAGAUUUGAUGUGUUAAUUGUUCAUUGUACUCCUACCUCUGAGCUGUUAUCGGAACAUGUCUUACAAACUGCAUGUGACUGAACUUUCUCUGAGAUGGUCUCAAUAGUCUUGCAUUACUAUCAGCAUUUAGUUUCACAUUUGACCAUGAAAACAAAUUAGAGUUUAGACAGGUGACUUCCUCAGAGUACGACCAACCACUCCUCUGAGUCAGCAGUUUGGUGAACAAGCUUGUCACUAUGAAAUUGAUUUGAAAUAGAACAUGAUAGAGAUAAACAUUGGCUUUUGACCUCUUUUAUACACCAGUGUCUGCAUAGAGGACUAAUACCAAUUUUUAACUAACACAUUAGUGUAUUACUAUCAAUCUCACAUUACACACAAUGCUUGUUGUGUCAAGUGGGUAAUGAAGUAUGAAAGGUUAGGUCUACCUUUUAAUGAAGUAAUUUUCUUGUAAAGGCUUGCAGAGUCUGUAACCUUACUGCCCUCUGUGUGACCUUUUCCUCGUAAUUUGAGUGAACACUCUUACUCACAGUCUGACCAGAUGUAGGCCAUUGAGCAAUCAGAUGUUUGCAUAUUGUGGUAGCUGGGGGCCUUUUUGUGGUGACAGUUGAGAGCAGUAGGCUGGAAGUCGUAAGCGCUGCACCAUUUUGGGGCUGUUGAUUAGGGCCCGAGCCGAGAGCGCAGCUCUGCGGCAAAGCCCUAUUUUAAUCCAAGGGGUUCUCGAUUAUUAUUAUUAUUAUUAUUAUUAUUAUUAUUAUUAUUAUUAUUAUUAAUAUUUUUUCGCCUCCAAAAUGCAAUUUUGACCCCAGAACGGCCUCAAAAACUCACGAAAAUUGGCAGAUAGGUCGGGCCUGGCAAAAAUCACAAUGUUUUAAUGUGACCCGAGAAAGGUGAUAAAAAAUGACUCGCUAGCGCCCCCUACAGAGCGCCACGAACGUCAACUUUUUCCGAUCUGCCCGAAAUGUUACAGGCACGUGUAUCUUAAUGAGAUCUUUGAUUUUGCGCUCUUCGACUUCUUUCUCAGACACACGGUUAAAGAGUUAUCGCGCUGUUUUCGCCCCCUCUUGGCCAUUUUUAUUGGUCACGCCAAACGUAUCUUGUUUUUAUUAUUAUUUAACAUAAAUUUCUAUACUUUCAUUAUCUUUAAGGAUUGAGACAGCGACAUGAGGCACAAACUGACUUUUAUUGAGGCCUAGUCAUGGUGUAUUUACAGAAUCGCACAUACUGAGCAAACAUCUUACACUGAUCAAGCAAAGGCAGGCAGGUGCAUUGCAUGUCUGAUUAAAUUAUAUUAUCUGUGUGUACACAUUAGAUUAUGUGAGUGUUAAAAACAAUGAUCUUCUCAAACAGCACAAGUCAUAAGAGCUCAGAGACAUGGAUGUUUAGAGGCAGCGCACUGAAUUUCAAAGACAGUAAUGACAGCCUAACAACUCAACUUAUCCGUAGUGCAAAUAUACAUUUUGCCUGCAACUAAUGCAUAAGACGUGCUCAAAUACAGACUGUCACAUGUCUUCCUAUGUCUGCACCGAAAAUGUGGUCCAAUUUCUAUCAAGUUCAUUAACUGUCUAAUUUAUGUUGACAUAAACCUCUACUUAGUGAUACAAUUUAUUUUUAAGUUAUUAUCUAUUUCUUUUUCAUGUAGCAUGAUAUCUAUUUUUGCCAAUUUUCAUAGUUUCAUGUGAAACACAAGGUCAAGUUGGGUUAUUAAUCACAUCAGAUCAUUGGCCCUUUUUGCUGCUUUGAGUUGAUUUGUACCUUUUUUUUAUUGAUCAUUAAAUGGGUUGAAAAUGGUGCUAAUGGUAAUGUACAUUUCUGAAUCAGCACCCCAAAGCAGCACUCUGCCCAUUUUUGAGCAGUGUGCCAAAAUGAAGUUUAUGGAGUGACAUUUCAAAGAGGGUUCUCUUACGAUUGAAUUUUUGAAUUGCAACUAAUCUCUGAAUUACUAAUCAGAAUUUAUAGGUGUCUAAAUCGUGUUAAUAGCUGUCCCGGCAAAUUAACAAAAUUUUAAGUCUAUGUAUAUGUCUUUAUUGGGAAUCAAAGGAGUGCAAUGAAUUCUAAUGAAUGAUCUUGACUUUACAUGAAAGGAAUGCUUUAGUAGAAUUUAAGUGAGGUUGUAUUACUGACAUGUCACGAGUAAGUGUGCCAGCCUCAAUGGGUGCCCUUUGGUGAGACACUUUGCAGGCGAAAGUGGAUUCGAGGUGUGCCACUGUUGUUGGCUAACAGGGUUGACUCUGCAAUGUAAUGCACAUGACUGGUCACAACAUGCCAACCUGAAAAUGUCCCGAAGACCCUGAGUCCUUCCUGAUGUUUACUGACCUGCAGUCAGUUGCCACGUGUUUAAUAAGUACUCAGUUAAAUUGAGAAUGGCAUGUGAUUAAAAAAGUUAAAAAAAAAAAAUAUAUAUAUAUAUAAAUAAGGACCUUAACCAGACCAGGAUUGAUGCAUCAGUGCAGACAACCCUGGUUUUUAGUUGUCCUUUAAAAAAAAAAAUUACAAUACAAGGGCAGGGCUUAUUAUUCUCAAAAGUGCCAGACCCACUACUUGAGCUCAUAUUACUUUUAGUGCAGUUCAGAUAUCUUUUCUAAGAGCUGAGCUUCAUCAGCUUCCUCAUAACUCAAACCCCGGCAGGAGUGAAGUGGGAACUCUGUAAAGGAAGAGGAAGAACAAGAGUGACACACACAUUUCAAUUUAGGAGGUGCGGCUUGUUCAAGGAUGUGAUAAAUGUUUGUGAUCUAAUUUUUGCUGCUGUUUUACUGGAAACUGUAUAAACCUUAGCAGACCCCUACUUUUAAAGAUACAAAAGAUAUAGUACAGAUCGUAACAGGCCUAUCAUCAGCAUGAUUGCUUUGAGAAGCAUGAUUGCUUUCUGCAGUGUAGAUAAACAACAAAACUCUUUCAAGCUUGUUUAUGUGGUCCCCACGUAAGCUACCCAAGUGCUCAAUGUUGUCCUAGAUACAUGAAUUUAAAAAGAAAGUGUUCAGGGGUAUGACUGCACUAUGUGUUACCAGAUUACAAGUAGCAUUGGCUGAAUUGUUGAGUGCUUCCUGUAUGAGCAGUGACAGUCAGCUGGUUCCUCUGGUAGUGCGCUUGAGGACAAAGUGAACAGGGGCUCCCGCAGUGGUACCAGCAGUCCAGAUAGUUUUUUUAAUUUCCCUUUUCUUUUACAGAAAUUGCAAACAAAGCAUUUUCAUAGUUUAAUUUGGUUGUACUCAGUUUUUUUUUUUUUUUUCAUCUUGGCAAUUGCCGUUUUUUGCAAAUCCCAAAAAACUGAAAGCCUAUCAAAGGUAAAACAAAUGUGCUGAGAUAAAAGAUAUGAACAUUCAAAGUAAUUCUUGGAUAUUUUAGACAUGAACUAUGAACUCAUAAAUCUGUAGUUUUUGCACUGCAGUGUUAAACAGGUAAGAGUUGAGUAGUUCUAUUUGAAUGUCAAAGCCUCUGUGACCCAAGUGGCAUGUUUUUUCUUGCAAUGGGAUAAGCUAGUAGAAUGAAAUCCGCCAUUUCAAUUACACAUCACAGUAGUCAGUGGGUAACCAAAUUCCCUUGAUUAUGUGAUUUUUUUUUCUUCUUCUUUCCUGUUUAUCAUUUCAAAGUAUUCACUGUCUGCACAGUCCAUUAUUAGACUGAUCAAGAUUUCAUUCAGAAAUGAUGAAUCCUGUAAUGUAUCUUCAGUUUAUGCUUAUUUAUGGUCCAAAUUGGAUAAAGUGCUCCUUUUUGUUUCUUGGCUGAUCUUGUCCUGUUCACGUGAAAGGCAUCCCACCUUCCUUUGACAACGAACUGUCUUGGUCUCUGUAAUUUUUCUUUGGAAAAUGUAAAUACCCCCUUUUUAGCAGUUUGCUGUUGUUGCCUCAUGUGACACCAAUCCCCUGGCAGUGAUUUUUUUGUCAUAAAAAAUGAAUAAGAACCACUCAGACUUCUUCCUGGUGGUUUUGUUUACUUUUGUAGGCAUCAAUAUUAAUAAUAGUCUUUUUCAUAACCAUUUGAAAACUCCUCAUUGGAGCUUUUAAGGAGGUGUCUGUGAAGGUGAAGCUCAGUCCUCUGUAACAUAGUUGUGGUGACAGGCCACAGGUUCAAGUAAAGUGGUGAGUUAACACCUUGUCAUCUUGGCUCUUGUGAUUGACUGCAGCCCACCUUCCUUAUGGGAAUGGUAUGGCAAGUAAUGGAGACUGGGUGGGUAUUUUGUUGCUUGACACUGGUCAGCCUGUGCCAGAGCUUUGGUUAUUUAAGGAAUGCUGACUCCUCACUUUCUGCAGAUCACGGGACACUGCAAGAGAUGACCAGCACUAAUGCCAAAUAUCACUCUUAAUGUCAUGGUGUUCCUAUGUGUGACCAUGUCAACCUGAUGUCAGAGAACAGACUCUCUGACCUGCCGUUUCUCUUUCAACAGGCAGUUCAGUCUCUGGUUGACAAACGUGCUUUGUGCCUGUAAUGUUUGACUAGGCAGCUUGAUGCUUGAAAAUGGGUCAAGCAUACACCUUUUUUAUUGAAGCAGAGGGAACAAUGCAGUUUUUAUGUUAUUCAACAUAGGAUUGGACCUAAACACAAUGAAUCAAUGCUUAGACUUAAGGUCCUUACACACCGGGGCCCGACACAAAUAUAGAACGUGAAAUUAUGAAAUAUUCAGAGGUGAAUUUUGAUGGGCCUGACUAUACACAUCAAACCCGAUGCGAUUUUGCGACUUUCCGGGGGGGCGCAACCCGGAGAAGACUUUUCCCGGGGAAAGUCCCACCUCCUUCGCCUCUGAUUGGCUAGAAAAGCAGGAAACGUCAUCACAUGCUCAAGCCAAACGGUCAGCACUUCUGGCCAAUAAGAGGCAAUAAGAUAAGCACAUGAAAAUAUGGCAACCAUUACCUUACGUUAGCACAGAUGAAAGUUCUCUGACACGUAAACAAUCAGCCGGUCGGCCAUCUUGGAUAUACCGGUGAAUCACACGUCGCAACAACACGCAAUCUGAUUGGUCAGAAGUGGACAGACAGUAUGCGAAACUUUAGAAAAAUCGACCACAAUCCAAAAAAAUAAGUGCCGCAAUAUCGCAGGACGGGAAAACAUAGCUGAUGUGAACGCUUGUAUUGACAGGAUACGGGUUUGAAAAAAAAUAUUGACGUCCGAAAUAAUCACACAACAAAAAUGGUCGCGGUGUGAAAGGACCUUUUAAUGUCAGAAAGACUCUUGCAUCAAGUCAAAAACUUGAAUGUGGCCAAACCUUAAAAACAAACCUUUACAAAAAAAAUUACAUUACUAUAUUUCUCUAGAAUCUCUUCUUUUGUGCCUUUCAAAAUUACUCUUGUUAAUGUUAACAUUUCAUUUUUGUUUUAAUGUUGUUUGUUAGAGUUCCUGUCUUCUUGCUCACAAUGGUUGUUGAGAUCAUUGAUCAGACUUGAUUUUGUCAUGUAUGCGAUGCCACUGCCACCCCUCAUAUUGCAAGUAUCCCCCUGGAGUUGUUGGCAUUACCAACAUGAAAUACCUCCAAACUGGUGAGCCACUGGAGCUAGCUCCCUUAGCUACUUUUGCUUUCAACUCAGUGAAGUAUUUUGCACUAAUGACAUGAUAUGGGAAGUAGACUGUUUAUGUAGCACUUUCUCUAGCCUUCUGACAACUCAAAGGGCUUUUACAUUACAUUCACACUACAUUCAUACACUAACAAGAGAGUGUAAAGUACCCAUCAGUAAUAAAUAAUCCCAUUCACAUGCUGCUGGAUUCAGCCAACAAGGGCAUUAUGAGGGUCUUGACCAUGGACACUUCAGCAUUAUUGACCACACUAUAACUAUUAUAACAGUAAUAUACUAUAAUAUACUAUUGACCACAUUUAUAAGGCUCUUGCUUGAACAGAGCUUUGUCAAGUCUAUAAACAGUCAUUACAUUUAAGUUAAGCUACAGUUAUGGGUCUAUAAGACGAUUUAACCUUAUUGGGAAUCAAACCAGUUAUCAGUCUUAGUUUUCAAAUUAGUAACAACACUAAUUAUAUGAUAGAGAGACUGAAUGCUAAUUUUAGCAUACUGGAUUAACUAAUGUGUUGUUUUAAUGAGAUUAAAGCCUGGUGGCAUAGGAUUUCUUUUCUAACUUUACUUUUUUAACUGUCCACUGACCACAACAGAUUAUACAAGCAGAUUGGCACAUAUGUGAAGUCAAGUUGAAUUCACAUGAUCUCACGGAUGAUCAGUAAAGAAGCGAUACAGAUGUUUUAAGGUCGCUGAAACUUGUGGCCUGUCACAAAUGAUUUAAAGGAAAUGUUUGGUUUGGUUAAUGUUUGGUGUUUAAAGCUCCCUGCUCAUGGUGUGGUGACAAUGUCAAUAUGGUUAAUCCAUCUGUAACCAACAAAUGAAACUGUAGGUAAACACAACAGAAGAACCAUAGGGAGAAAAUCAAAGUCAUGCAAAGAAAAGCUAAGUACUUUGGCGUUGACAUAGUUUCUACCUUUACUCGUGUUUAUAGCCAAUCAUCUUGUCAUUUGAGGCCACCUGUCUUUAAAGAACUAUUGAUAAAAUGUACACUUUUAGGAAAUAAUCUAUCUGCAGUGAAACCCCAACCAGGCACUGAUACCAAACGUAAAUGUUUUUCUUCGUUUUUGACAUGGUUGAAAGGUCACCAUCCUUUGCUAAUGCUUCAGGUUUGUCCACUUUGCUCUGGCUGCUAUGAAUGUGCACUGAGUCAUCACUUUCACAUCAUGUUCCUCCCAGAUUAUUAGAACAGCUGUAGACACUGUAAGUGAAACUUGGAUGUGCCUCUCUCUGAACUCGAACAUGUACACUCUAUGAAUCUUUUAAGUGGUGGUCCAUCACACCCUUCAGAUAUUAAUGUUACUACGCAUGCCAGAUAAGAGCAACCUACUACCUCACUGAAGUAAAUGUGCAACAACUUGUUGGUAGUGAUAUUCUGCAGUAGCACAUAGACAACCAGAGGGCUACACUUGUCACGUUGAGACAACAGUUGGAACUAUGUGAUCUUCAGUGAGAACAACGAGGACAGCUUUAACUGUCAGUUUUUGUUAUCUGAGAAUCAAGCACAGGCUUCAAGGACCUAAUGUUCUUCGUCAUGUUUCAUGGAUAUCUACAUUUUGAGCAUGCCUGAUAAUAGGUUAGCCCAUGAGAGUCUGCCAGCUGAUCAGUUUGCAGUUUGCUACUUAAUGUACCAGUUUAUAAAGAUUCACAUAAGGAUGUCCCCCUAGGCUUUGUUGGCCCCAAUCCAGAUCUUAAUCCUUAGAUAUUGAGUAUCCACCAACACAAAGUCCUGGUUUGCACACAAUUUUUUAAGUAAAUAAGUACAUUGUUGUAAAACUCAUAUCCAAUCUGUUUUACACAGUCUGCUUAUGAGACCCAAGAAACUGGUGUGCUAUGCAUACAUUGCUACAUGCUUGUACUUGAAUCUAGAGACAUCAAUCCAGGCUCGGUUAUGACACGGGACAAACAUCAGCGCUUUAAAUGUCUGUUGAAAAACCUGCCGCAGUCUCCUUAUGUUUUAAAUCAUGUUAUAUGUUGUCACAGGCUUUACUGUACAGCUCUGGAAAGACAGUUUUUAAUAUGUGGUUUGAAGACUCGGGACAUACCAUGACUCUAAUACAUAACAAAAAAGUGGUUGUCCAAAGCCAUCGUUCAACUACCAGCUCUGUAAACUUUUCUGGCCCUUUGGAUCUCUUGAGGAUGUAUAUCCUUCCUUUCCAAGUCCAGGGUUUGUUGCUUCAGCGCAGCAGCCUUUCCUCUGCUCCUUUGGUGGGUUCCAUUGUAUAUUGCACCUUCAGAUGAAUCAAAUUGCUAGUAUUGAAUGCAUCUUGUGAAAUCAAAGUGUUGCAUGUAUCACAAGUGGCUGUUGGGCUGUUUUUGUUAUUGUUUUUGCUUUCUUGCUGACAUGUUAGCCACAGGGUUGCUGAUGCCAUGAUGAAAUAUUGUUCUGUGUUGGGUUUAUCUUGUGACCCUCGUGUUCCUGGAGAAUUUCCUUAGGCUGACAUUUAGGGGUUGUUGUUGGGAUUGUUUUAAGCUGGUUGGCUGUACACAUUCAUUUGUGCAAUACAGUUUAAGCCAUGGCUGAAAUUCCACAGCGGUUACACAGAGUUACUCUCACAUUUAUGUACUACCCAAAUUGCGCUGACAUGAAUGGUUGAGGUGAGAUAAUCGGUACAAAUUGCCAAUUUCUGAUUUAAAAAAAAAAAGGCUAGAUUGGCUACUAUCCAAAAGUUGAGUUUGGGGGUGUGACAGUCCUUGACAAACUGUGUUUUUAGAUCAACAUAUAAUGCUAUUUAAAUUUAAAGACAGAAGGGUAGUAGUUGUACGAAAUGAAGAAUAAUCCUUCUUUGAUUAAUGAAGCUCACUGGAUGGAAGGCUAAUGAAGGCUGUAAGACUUUUCAUGUAGAUUACCACUUGAAGUAAGUGGUGCACUGCACACGCAAGACAUUUGCACUGUCGUUUAAAGAGCAAGAUCAAAGUAGUUAACAUUCAUGAGACGAGAAAUUAAGGCUUCAAAGGGUUUCCUGCUCUCAGCGCAGAGCCAAUUUAAGUGUGUAGCUUUUUCACUCUAAAACUCAGAUAUUUUAAUGUUUUGCACUAGUGCACUACAUUUUUAUAUUCAGAAUAUGAGUAUAAAUACUCAGCGGAGGGACACCCAGUUCAGUGUAAUCUGUGUAGCAUAAAGUGCCCUCUCCACCUCUGAAAUCCUAUCUACUGUGGAAAAUUGGCGUGACAGUGAUGCAACGAAACACCUGACAACUUGGGUGCCUCCGCCAUACCCAGAGAUUAGGGCAUGGCUAUUCCUGUGUGCAUCUACUACAAAACAAAGAAAUCCUUUGGAGGGACACCCUGAGAGAGAGAGAGAGUGGAGAGUUGCGCUGUACAAGGACAUAACUUGUAUUUAUCUCAUCAGUAAGUCAAUAUGAAGAGGCUAGAAAUUGUCCAAAUUAUGGCAAGUUAUGAACUUGGCAUAUUUACUGUUCAUUUAAGCGAUGAAAUUCAAACUUUGCUGACAAACUAGAUGCAUCUCUUCAAGCCGUAGAUUUGUUUUCAGUGUCCCUGCUGGCAAAUCUUACAGCUAAAAACAAGCAAUUAAACAAUUUUCAUUGUAAAAUGCAAUCAUCUGACGGCCAAAGCGGUAAACGAAUCAUUAAAAGUUUUACUGACUCAUCCAGGACUUCUUGUUAAAACAAAAUUGCUUCAAAAACUUUUAAUUGAAACAUAGACAAGUCCCUGAUGACUGGAUGAGCGGAUGAAUUUCUAGUUGCUAGCUAAAUAAGAAUUGUAAAAUGUUUUGUAGUAUUGCUGGGCUAACUACUGUUUCCAAAGUGAGAAAAUAUGUCCAGUUUAGAACACAAAUAAUAGCCAUGGAGUCUCGGUAUUGAUGUGCAGUUCAGUAUUAUUAAUGGGGUCAUAUGAUGAGCUGAAGUUUGGCAAUGCAGCAGAAUUUAAUGAGCUUUUUCAUUCGUCUUUUUUCAAGCAUCACUAUUAAUUUAACUGAAUGCAGUAGUCUGGGCAUGACAUUGAAUGAAUUCUGCACACGAGAUAUUGUCUAGAAUAAGUUUCUCAUGCAGCUGUAAAUGAGAUUGAUAUUCACUUUCACUUUUUUCGACUGCGAUAGUUUUAACAACACGACCGCUUUCUGUGCUACAUCCAGCUGAUCCUCCAUCUGUUGCUGGGUAGCUGCGUGUGGGAACAUCCACAGCCUUGUCAUCGAUCCACGGCCGGGACCCGUUCUCUGUCCCUAAGGUUAGCUCUGUGGAACAUUCUGGGCUCGGGUCCCAGAGAAUAGUGACAUGUCAGCAGCCCAUUCAAAUGAACAGGCUGAGGGUAGCACUAUGUUAGCAGUGCCGGGCUGGGGUUGGGGGGAGGGGAAGGGGGAGGGCAUAGGGUAGGCGUGCUAAAACUGGUGCUGUGUUAAACACUGCAGGGGUAGACCGGGGAGUAUGGCUCCAUGAAUGGUCUGCUGUUCCUGGAUAGGCUCUGAGAGUUUGGAGCUGUGAACAGAGGUACACAUGCACUGUGAGACGAUGGCUUUCUGCCUUCAGCUCUCGCUCAAAAGUUGUUCUGUCAGAGUUUUAGUUGCGGUAAGUUAAUAUUCAAGAAUCCACCAUGCUCUUAGUCUCUGAUAAUUUCUUGUUUGCUUUUGUAUUCUGUUAAAAUAAUCCAACAUAUUUAAAAAGCUUAGUAAACCUUUUAAGAUCAAAGUUUUAGGUUUUUGACAUGACACAAAGGACAGUCUGUACAGACGCUUAAUAUCUGGGAUAAGACUUAAACAUAUUACAUCUUGAGAGGUCUGCCCUCCCUUGAAACAUGUUCUCCUUUUCUUGAUCACAUCUGAUCCAUGAAAGCAGAGAAAGAAAAAAACAGAAGAAAAUCCCCUUUUUGUUUAUCUUCAUAAAUGUUUUGUCCUACAGUUAGAGGAAUGCUUUUCAACCCUCAAAAUGUGACCGGCAUUUUAUAAUCAUAUGUUUUGAGUUAUAUCUAGCUAUGAACAGUAUGUGACAUCAAGAAAACAAACCCUCAUGAAGACACAGUUAAAGAUUUUCAAGGAUGAUGGAUUUUGUUUUGCCUGGUCUUUUUUUGUGAGGCACCAAGGGUUCAGCGUUCGACUGUAAUAGAGUCAAAAAGUAAAUGAGGCUUUGCUGUAAUAGCUGAUGUUGCUUCAUAAUUGGCCCAAAAUCUUGCAGUUUGGCUGACCUCUCUGUUGAGUCUUUGCUUAGUAUCCAGACUCUUUGUUUUUCUUCUCUGCAUCCCCAAACUGACAUUUCUUACAGGAGGUUUCUGCUUAUUUUUUUUGUUAAUUACAAAGUAUAGGUGAUCCUUGCAACCUUGCAAAUUGACUAUUCUCAUCAUACCAGACCAAACAAACAGGAUGGGAUAUUCUAACAUAAAAAUAAAUAAAUAAAUAAAAACUUUCCUCUUUUAAUAAAUUAAGCUAAAUGGUAAAAGAUUUAAACAUUAUGGUCUAAUCCUUACCAGGAAUUACCAAGAUGAAACUGGUUAAAUUUUUGCACAGUUCUUUGGAUAAUUAUCCAAAGUUUUGACAAGUUAAUAUAUCAGUCAAUAGUGAAUCAUUUUAACUCUGAAAUAAGUCAUGUUUAGCAUCCAUAUGAGUGGAAAAAUAACAAUACUAGCCAUUGAUGAGACUUCAUUUCUGCAUUGCUCCCUCACACGUUGACCAGACUUAUCUGAGCCUUAUUUGGGGCUGUUGUGUGUGAAAAAAUGUGAAAAAUGUCAGCAUUGAGCUCCAGCUAUGGUCAACUGGACAACAACACUAAGAAAUCACAGUUCAUGUGUGGUUUGUUUCACUUAAUCAGCCUCUUGUUUUCCUUUAAUGAGGUAGUAGUAGACAUGCUAACUGUCUUAUCUUGAAGAGGUUUGUUAAGAGUGACCGGUUCAAAUUGAGAUUUCUAAACAUGAGCUGGAGGAGGAAUAGCAAGACACUUUUUUGUUACGAUGUGAGUUGUCUUUAGGCUAAUUAGGAGUUGUAAUUUCUUUUAGUGUUUGUGUGGUUGUUUUUUGAAUGAAGGAGUUUAAGGGUCAUAUUAUGUGACUAAAAAGUAUGGAUAGAAAAGAGAGUGAUCACUAUAUUAAUUAUGGUGUGUUUGAUCUGCAACAAUUUGUGAGCAAUUUGCAGCACUGAGUGCAUGUUUGGAAAGCCAGAGUGGCUGAUGUGAUACUUGCAGCCGUAUUUCUCCUUGUAUUGUCUUUUUAAAAGAAGGCUCUCAUUAAACAUUUACACAGUCAGUGCAUAUUGGAAUCCAUUAAUGUUUGUCUGAAAAUAUCUCUGCAUCAAAGAUAAUCUGCUUACAAUGGCAUGUCUAACAACACUAUCAUCUGUCUUUUAGGUGCUGUCAUCAAGACCAUUGAUCAGGUUUAAUGGCAACCAAGGGGUAAGAAAAUAUUUCCUCGUCUCUACUCCUCAAAGCCCUCUCUUGUCUGUGUAGAUAAAAGCUUUUAAAAAAUCAUUAAAUUCCAGAAAGAUGUUUAAGCUGUUGCAUUUAAACUUUUAUGUGCAUUAUGACCUGCAACAGACACACAUGCAAGCACAACACUGUCACCCACACACACAUUCACAUUCCUUUUCAUACAAGACAUGUGAUUAUCUCAACAAUGGGGCCAGCUGCGAGCUAUAGCAUUUUCCCCUUAAAUGACACGUCUUUGCAAUGUCUCAAAGGGACUUCCAGAGCGAUGCCAGCAUGCUUCGAACUUUUAUCACGUAUGUCAUGUGCUCUGUCACUAGUGCUUGAUCAUAAUGUGCUCCUGUCGCUUUGACCUGGUUCAGGGAAUGUUUACCAGCUACUCUUGCUACAGGCCUCAACAUUUGUUUAUUUUUGCAAAGGCUUCUAAAUGUGCCAAAUGUCAAGUGAGGCCUUCAACAAAACUUGCCUGGCAGGAUCCAUCUUAACCUCUUUUUAACGGAUGUCUUAAGUGUCUUGUUCUUCAUGACAUCUCAGUUUUCUCAGACAGACAAAUCCCUGUUGGAGAACAGAAGUAUAAAUGAAAUAUCAUGUUAGCUUGUAGCCCUCACAACAUCUGAGGUCUUUUUUGACAGAAAGAAAGAGCGCACGUUUCUGUGACUCCUCUGGGAUAUUGUAGAGUGACAGAAGUGACGAUGCUUUGCCUAUGAUUUUCUCACUAAUAUUUGACUGCACCAAAGGCUGCUGCUCUGUUUUGCUGUUACAUUAAUGGCGGCUCACUGUCAGUCAGUCAAGUUGUCAAAAUAUUGCAAUUAAAGUUCUUCUAGAGUAGAAAGAGAGACAAAGCAGGCUGGUGUCAGAGCAGAUUCAGCACUGCAGUUGUUUUUAGAAGCUAAUAUUCGAUGUAGCAGAUGAGCUCAAGUUACCUCUGGCUGCCUUGUUUCCUUGCUGCAAUAGGGGAAAGUGAAUAAAUGCACAAGGGUAGGAUAAACAAAGAAAUAAAAGAUGCAACAGCAAAAUAUAUUCUGAGUUCUGUUCUCUAUCAGUGAAGCAUGAGACUGUACUCCUUUCUGCUACUGCUUUUUGCUUGUUCAUGAUGGAGGCGCAUCAAGGUGCGAGUCCUCUCUUUAUGAGCAUUAAACUGUCCACAUGAAGACAAUAAACAUCCUCGUGCUCACCAGUAUUCUCUGUACAUGCAGCUGCCUUUUGCAAAGGCAAAAUGCAGGGCUUUCUUGCGCACUCUGGCGUAAACCUCACAGUCUUUGUUCAAAUAUAAAUUUGCCAACCUUCCUGUUUUAUAUUUUGUUGGCUGUCCUUAAGAGCCCAGAAAAUUUGUUUGUGAUCAUUAUAGUUCACAUGGGCCUUUUCCCUGCCAUAAAGGCAUAUUUAACAAUCACACUAACAAUUCUGCACCAUGCGCUUGUCUUGUAACAGGUUUGACACUUACUCAUGAUACACUAUGAGAUGCUGCUGUGUAGUUUGGCACCAUACUGAGAACUAAAGCUUGAUAUAAAUAUUAAGUUCAUUAUGGAAAUAAUUUCGGAUGAAAUGCCACCAGCUCUCUAAGUCGUGUUCAACAUGUCAGUGCCCAAGCUUUGGCAAAUUUCUGCCUUUGCUGGGGAGAAUCGGUGUGUUUGUCUUGAUGUAGUGUACAUUUGAGAAUAUUGAGAAUUGCCUGGAUUCAGCCGUAUCCCAGGAAAAUACCUGUUCUCGUGUAAAACGUUAGGGGUGGGCGAUAAAUUAUCGUUCAUGAUUUAUCGUUAGAAGAAUCCUCCAUGAUAAAUAUUUGCCAUCUCAUGAUAAAUACAAUAAAUGAAAGUUGAUGACAUAAGCGCGACAGACUUACAGCCAUAGCCCACACAGAGCAGAAUAACAAACAAACAUGGCUGAAGAUAAUGAUGAUGUUUCUUAGCAGCUUGUUACUGAAUGAGGCGUCACAUGAGGGAUUUCCUUCUAGAUUGGGGUUUAGACAAGUGCAAUCAGGUAUGCCUGACAUUGGACAGUGGACCUGCUGCCGUUCACUCUGUGUGCAAUAGGGGUUUUAAACAAAUGUUGAAAAUGUUUGAGAAUUGGUUUAUGUCAGUAGUUUUCUUUAUAACCUACCACUCAAACUUGUGGUUAAGUAUCUUAUUUGACCACUCCAACUGGUGUCCUUAAGACAAAAUGAGUCAAAAAUAUAGAUUGGAGUCAUAAUAUUUUUUAUCAAGACUUUUAUCGUCAUCGCCAGAAUGGCAAAUCUUAUCGUGAUAAAUUUUUUAGCCCAUAUCGCCCAUCCCUAUAACACAGUGGUUCUCAAAUCCAGUCCUCGAGGCCAACUGUCCUGAAUGGUUUGGAUGUUUCCCUGCUCCAACACACCUGAUUCAAAUGAUUAGCUCGUUAUUAAGCCAUGACCGAGCUUGAUAACGAGCUGAUCAUUUGAAUCCAAAACAUGCAGGACGGUGGGCCUCGAGGACUGGACUUGAGAACCACUGCUAUAAGACACACUAGUGGUGCAACGGAUCACAACACUCACGGAUCGGAUCGUUCCUCGGAUCAAGAGUCACGGAUCGGAUCAUUUUUCGGAUCAGCAAAAAGCAAAAAAAAAAACAAAAAAAAAAAAAAAACCAAGACAAAUAAACAUAAGUUUUGUCUGUAUAUCAAACACUUAAAUGGUUGAAUUAAAAUAUAUAAAAGUAGUGCAUACGGCAUAAUAUCUUCUUUUCAACAUAAUUAUUAAUGAAAAACAACUUAAAGUUCAAUAUAUAGGCAUAUCUCCUUCCUUUAAAAUGUAACAAUGAACCAAAAAUGAAGUGUGUGCGCGGUGGGAUAUUGUAACGUGGCUCAAGCACUUUCAGCAUGUUUUUAAAGCCCUCGUUUGCACAACUGAAUAUGUCCUCAUGUCUGUAGCUAUAAACACACCGAUAGCGUUUGUGAUAGCUUUAACCCGGUCGGAUUGCGCAGGAAGAGGCUGCUUAAAUGCUGCGGUGAUGAGCGGUUGCUGGCCAGCUUUCGUUUUAUCUCAGGUGUUGUGACAUAGAAUGCACCCCUGCCGUAGAAUGCACCCCCUGACGGGAGCGCGGUUUAAAGUACAUAACGAGGCGAAAUAAUCCAAGUUUUUCUUACAUUGGAUGGAUUCAAAAGCGUUUGCCUUUAAUAAUUUCAUUCAGGCUAUUCAAAGAAGCCAAAAACAACAGCCCUUGGAAUAUUGCUGUCCCGAAAAUAUAAUGCUCUCUACCUAGACAGCUUUCUGUACAGUUUAUACCCAAGUACACCUCUAUAUUUGCAUUUUUGAGACACAUAAAAAGAAAAUGAAAGUUUGCUGCUCCAUUUGACAUGUUGUCAUGAUCUAAUACUCGUGUUUAUUUAAAUAUGAGUUCAUUAUCUCCACUUUAAGAAGCUAACGAGUGGAGGGGAUGCAGGGGUGCGUUCUACGGCAGGGGUGCAGUCUACGGCACAACACCUGUCAUUAAAACUACCGGGUGAUGUCGCUUUCAAAUGCGUGAACAUGCUCGAUGUGUUUCCACUGUCAUAUGGCUUUCUUAUGCCACAGUGCCUACACACCUUCGCAGUUUUGUCCACUGACCUCUUUCCUUCUUCAUCAUAGUUGACAGGGAAGCCACAUUUUUUUUCAGAAAUCGAACCGCGGGUCACGUGUGUGCCGAACCGAUGACGUCGAUCCGAACGGAUCACGGAUCAAUGAUGAUCCGUUGCACCACUAAGACACACAUAAGAGGUUCAGCUAUGAGAACAUUUAAUGACUGCUUCAAAAGCACAGAACACACUGGUGUUCCUAUCGUGUAACUCAACACCAACUGUGUAACUUUCUAGACACGAAAAAUGUUCAAAAGAAAAAGUAAAGAAGGAAAUACAUGGACCGGCGGCUCAUUUGUUCAAUUUACUCUUCAGUUGACACCCUCAUGUCGAUGGCACAUGGAUAACUACCAAACACUGCUCACAGACAGCUGCACCAUCACAUCUGAAGCACAAUACCUGCCAACAGAUCGUCCUGUGGAUUCUGCUGCGUAAUGCACGCCAAGCUGGUUGUGAAAAUUUAGUUUUUUAGGCGAGAUGUGCUGCUCCAAUCUGUCAUAGAUCAAAUUUGGCACCAGCAGUAGCCUGGGUGCUUGCUUUAACAUCUGUUGUUUCAUUUGCAUGUGAUUUUGAACAUACAUUGACAGUCCAUGUAAUAGUUGUGUAGUUAUUUAUGCACUUAUUUGCGUCAGAAACUCAUCAUUUAUGCUUCUCCAUAGGGUUCUAGAGUUAUUCCAUUAAUACAUUUUGUCUAAAACAACGUCUUUUAAAACAUUUAAGGCUGUCAUCAUGCUGUCAGUAUUUUUAUAUCAAACAAGAAGAGUUAAGUGCAGAACUAAGCAAUCAUGCAUGGAGUUAUGAUCCAUUUGUACACAAUAUGGAUCCAGCUUUAAUUUUCAAUCCACUGAAUCAAAUUUGCUUAACCCAAAAAGCUCAUCUCUGGAAAGUAAACUUUUUUUCUACACAGGUGGAAAAUUAAUGGUGACUCCUGUUAUUUAACUUUAGAUAUAAUUCAGAAAGAAACACUUUGAACUGGCUCGGUGAGAUCAUAUAUGGAUGUGUGUACAUGUCAGUAAAGUAGACCUAAAUUUUCACCUGGUGUUUUUAGGCUGUGGAAGCAGUAAUGCAUUGCUGAUUUUUCACUGGUGCAGCGAGCUCACCAUGGAGGAAUAAAAAUCUGUUGGUGUUGAAUUCUAAAAGCAAGUCAGGAAUGUGAAAGUGUCUAAAUUGCUGAGCAGAUGGCCUGGCUGUCACGAUGAGAUCCCACUUCCAUUCAGUCAUAUUCAUUCAUCUCGCUCAGCGCUCUCUGAGCUGAGCAAAAGCGUGCACACACAUAACCAGGUUCUUUGCAGAGGAGUAAAAAUUGAAUGACCACAAUGUAAUGAGAGUUUUUUUUUUUUUAACAGAGGUUUUCUGCUUUUUAGUGAUAAAGAGAACACUCAAAUGGGGCUGCAUUAAAAUUUGUAUGGAACAGACAACCCUCAGUGGUCCAUGAAGGCUGAUGUCGUCUCUCCUGCAUGUUCCAUCGGGACCAUUUGAGUAUUUUGUCUUUAUGUGCCGAUUUGGUGUUUACAAUCGGUAGAUACAAGCCUCUUUUCUUCAUUAACAUUUGUAAUUGGUCUGAUUCAUUGAGGGUAGGGGGAUGUUCACUUUUCAUAUCCCUGAUUUUGUCUUCAUGCAAUCGGCUCAUAUCCAUUUCGGAUAUGUUUGUCUUUUUGCUCCCUUAGAAAGAGGGCUGGAUUAAGUGCAUGGGGGUCCGUCCUCUUGAGUAACCCUAACCUAAAAACAGUAAUUGAACAAGAAAUCCAGGUCCAUCCUUUUUAUAAAUGACACUCAGAGAGAUCGCUGUCGUUUAUUGCUAGCUCCCACCCAAAACUCGAUGUGUCAAGUAAUCCCUCUUUUAAUGUGGGCUCUGUUUUUUUCCAUGGCUGUUUCGUCUAGCUUCGGUGGCAACAGCUGGCUAGUGCUCCUAAAGCUUAAUCAAGACAUUCACAGAGGCUGUUGUAUGCCAGGGUCUCAUUUGCAAGUUGAGUGAAUUUCAUCAGGAGUUUUUGGUUGUUUGGAAGUCAGUCAGGUUUUAGAAGAAUGGUAGCAAGAAUGAAGAAUAUGCUGUGCCCCGCAGUUUAGACAAGUCUUUAUAUUAUAGCCAACAUGAUCCAGUAACACAUGCUUUUCAAGUUAUUAGUGUUUUGGAGAGCUAAUGAGUAAAAAUCGAAUCUACCUUGCUUUUGAGAAAAACAAAGUCUCAAAUUGCAAAAAGAAGCUGCCUUGUUUCCUAUGGUAAGCACUCAUAGAGGCAGACUCCACUUAAGACAAGCAAAGGAGUGUCUUCAUGUUAAAAUGAGUCACUUUCUUUGUUAACAGUGCUCCUUCAUGCAUGAGUGAGGCAAUGUAUGAACAUCCAAGUUUCAACAUUCACAAGUUUGUUCAACUGGAGCGUGAGCCUUUUUUUUUUUUUUCAUCUUCUCCCUCUUUCAUCCCCUACUAUGUGAGUCAGUGAGUCAACUGAGUCACUCCCCUGAGCUUCGCCUCUCAGCCAGCUCCUCUGCCUCUUAAUCAGCUCUGGAUUUACACUCUCGACCUCUCUCCUCUGGUAAUGAGGUUAUUCCAGCUGCGCAUAUCAGCGGUUUACGGUAUCUUAGCAUGAUGCAGCCUGUGUCAUCAUUUGAUUCUCAUUCCACAGCUAAACAUCACAUGUUUCAAAAAGCCACAUUAUCUGUUAUACUCUUUCAAAGUGGUUUUUUCCAUCGAGACAGAGCAUAGCCCCAUAUCCUCAUGACAAAUAAUCAGCUGCAAUCACCCUGUAGGAGCAGAUAAUGGGAAAUAAUGUAGUUGUGUUUUCACAUGGGGACACAGGAUUUUUCUAUAUGAGGUAGGAACCUUUGUGUCUACGUAGGUGCUCCGCCCGGGAGGGGAAACAAUUGUAACUGCGCAAAUGUUGCUGCAGUGAAGUUUGGAACAGGUUUUUUUGUCUUGUUGAACUGUACACCUUUGGAGCCAAUAAAAGUAAAAUAAACGCAUGUUGUGUUCAGCAAGAUAAUCUCAUGUGGUCUUUUGCUCUAACUUUUAAUGGGGGUCAAUCAGUUUAUCCAGUAGGGGUGGGAAUCACUAGUGGCCCCACGAUAUGAUAUUAUCACGAUACUUGGGCCACAAUGCGAUAUUAUCACGGUACUUGGGCCACGAUACGAUAUUAUCACGAUACUUGGGCCACAAUAGGCUAUUUAAACAUUAUACAAUACAUAGAGAAUUGCAAUACAAUAUUGUAAUUUGUAUACUUUUUUUUAACUGUUUAGCUAAUUUAGCAUUUGGCUUUUCAUUAUGUUUGUCUUACUUCCACAGUAUUUUAUGUUCAUGUAGCACAUGUUGUAAACCUUAUAUAGAGUUGUUGUACUAACUUUCUCCUGCUUUAUGCCGUCACCUCUGCUAACCUAAAUGGACAAAAGUUAAUUUUAUUUUUUCCAUUAUCAUAGAUUUUAUUUUAUAUUAGCAAGUAAUUUUGAAAAUCGAUACUUGGUAAGUGAGACGAUACGAUAUAUCGCGAUACUAUUUUUUUACGAUACGAUUUUUUUCUCCCACCCCUAUUAUCCAGACGCUGCACCUCAGCGGCUUUAAGUGCCGGCUUGUCCUCUAUACAUCCUACACUAAGGUGUUCCUUUAGAAAUCUACAUAAGCAAGACGAGAGUUUUUCUUUUGCUUGGCUUUCUUUCUCUUUUUUUUUUUCAAAUAAACAUUGUGUAGCAGUUAAGAAAAGUUCACAAAUGUUGUUUACUUUGCUAUUCAGAACAAUUAUCCCGUUUCUAUCAGGUGUCGCACAUACUGGUUGUUCAAGACAAUACGGUUACGCCUCCCUGUCUGUAUGAAAAAUUCAUUGUAGAGUCGGUUCGUUUCUCUGUUAAGUGACCAGCAGAGGCAGCAACAGAUGUGUAACAUGGCGAAACAAUGUCAAGGUCAGCGAAGCAGCUGCAAGGACAGACUAGGUAUCUGAAGGUGUAUGUGAGGCACUGUUUGUUUACACUCUGUGCCUCUUUCAUGCUGAUAAACGGUAGUAAUUCACACAAAGUUGAACAGGGAAGUGACAGGAGAACUCUGAUGUGGCUCAUGGUAAAAAGCAGUCAUUACUUUCAUAACGCCAACCAUUGGCUUGUCAGCUGUCUCCUAGAAGUGUCAAGUUUAGCAAAACAGCUGAUACCAGGAUGUUUUCUUGUUGUAAUAGAUUUUGAAUCCGAAUGUGGUCAUAUUUAGAUGCAAUGGUAGUGCUGGAGAGGAGCGAGCAGUUUGCAAAUGCUAAAUAAUCAAAGUAAUACAGUCAGUGCCCAUUACUUGUGCUUAUAGCAAAAAGUUUCCAACAGAAUGAGACUAUAUUUGCAAUCUUAUUUUGGGAGAACGACAAGGGAGCUUGUGGAAAUUAGCAGACUGCUGCUUGCUUGUACUUUAUCUUGCACGGGCGAGAACAAUAAUUGGAACAAUAAUAGAAGCAAGCAACCGAGGCAAGCCGAACCACACUUUGGCAUGUUUGUCACCCCCAAUGUCCAGUUUGUUUAGUCAGUGUGAGUGCUCCACACUGUGCCCAGGUAAGGUAUGCUUCUGUUAUUGAGCAACUAGAGGAAAGAUGCUAAAACUGUGUUUCUUCUAAUGGUGGAAAGAAGAGAAUUGAUGAUUGAACAGAGUGUGAUAAGUGUUAAUCAACAUGUAACAGUUAAUGUCUUUCCCGUGUUAAUUUCAGUGAAAUAAUCUGCUCUUGAUGCGCAAUCCUGUCUUGGGAUUGACUUACUUUUAUAUCCCACCUCAAGGGUCCACUGAGUUCAAUAGUUUUCCUCAUUUGUUGCCUUCAUUUUCAGUUCAUGAGGUCGCUGCUUUGACUUUUGGAGCUUCUACUUUGCAUCCAGUACAAUAAAGAAGUUGGUGGGGAAAAGUUGUUGUUUCUCUUGGUGUGGUAGUUUGUCUUGGCUUUUAAAAUUCUGAUUUUGUUGUUUAAAAAUACUGUAAUAGCUUGUGUUUUUGAAUUAUAUACAUUUUUGUACCAUUUUCAUGUGGUAGACUGCGGCAGAGGUUGUGUGCGUGUUAUGUUGUGUUACACUUGGGUGGAGGAUUAUGAAUAAAUGAGAGCACAAGUCCACCGUGGGGCGAAUAAAGGACAAUGUAUUUAUUUAUAGUUGGCCACCUGCAGCCGUCACACGUGUCAGGACCUUCGGUAAACAGAGUGUAGUUGCACACUGUCUGACCACAUUCAGUCUCAGCGCUCAUGAAGGAGCCGAUGAGUCACAGGCCGAGACUCGUCGAGUUUAGAUACUGGGUAUGAGCUGCUCACUGUUCAGGAGGAACCUGUACCUGGGUACUUAGCCAGUUUUGUGAUUUCAGCUUUCUAUGUUGCUCAAGCUCACUAUGAUGCAUGUGUGUCAGAGUGUUUCUUUUGUUUUUGUUUCUAAUUUUAUGUUCAGAAAAACAGAGCAAAACUUUUACACUAAAAUCCUCAAAUGAUGGCAAACUCUUGACCUGACGUGCAAAUGCUCCAGUAUUCAGACUGUUUCAGGUGAAGGUAGAGUGACAAGGCGAGGUUUCAUAUCUCCUCGUGCUUUCUCUACUUUGGUUUGCAUUUCACUCUUAAAUUUCUGACAUUCCUCUGCGCACUGCAUGUAAAACAUUCUCUUAUCUCUAUCUAUACCCUAAACUCAGUUCUUCAAGUAUGUGGCAGAAUUCAAGUUAUCUCUUGAAUUGUCUGUAAUCCAGCUGUUUGUCAAUGAUUGCAGGUUUGCUAAAACAACGGGCACAAGUUGACUGUGGUUCGCUCUAUUUCGUCUGUUGUUUUUUAAAAUUAACACCUGUGGACUGUGGGAGGAAGUUAAUUCUGGGGAUGGAAAAGGAUGUGAAUAACUGUGUUGGAGGCCAGACACUGACACAGAAAUACCAUUCAUAGUUCUUCUGCUAUAGUGAUUUACCUGCGGUUCCACUGGUCACACGUUUGGAAACAAUUAGACUGCAAAGACUACUAGAUUUGACUAAAGCUAAAAGAAGACAAUUUAGAAGAUCAAAUCCUGCAAAACUUGAACAAUCUUUUAUGUUCACAGCUUUGAGCACUUGUGGCCAGGUGAUGAAGCCAAGAUGACCUGCACUGUGAUGUUCCUGAGAGAAUACGUGAAGAGCAGCUAGUCAUACAUAUCAAAGUAGUUUUUGAAAAAUACCUGAUGUUAGUAAUAAACAAACACGUAAAAGAAUGAAGUACAAAGAUUUGUCCAAGUGUGGAAAAAGGUCAAAAUUGUAUUGUCUACAACAGUGGUUCUCAAGUCCAGUCCUCAAGGCCCACUGUCCUGCAUGUUUUGGAUGUUUCCCUGCUCCAACACACCUGAUUCAAAUGAUCAGCUCGUUAUUAAGCCAUUACAGAGCUUGAUAACGAGCUGAUCAUUUGAAUCAGGUGUGCUGGAGCAGGGAAACAUCCAAAACAUGCAGGACAGUGGGCCUCGAGGACUGGACUUGAGAACCACUGGUCUACAAAACUGUAGUCUUGCUCUGGGAAACCUUGUUUUUCACAUGUUAAUUGUCUUUUUUUUCUCUGUCUUUAACAGAAAAUUUCAAUACCACGGUCAGAAAAUUCCAGUGAGCUGCAAACAUUUACUUUCUACCUGUCAAAUGUGGGUAGAGAUAACCCCCAGGGCAGCUUUGACUGCAUCCAGCAGUACAUCACAAGGUGAAAGAAACCACUGAAUCUCUCUUUAUUUUUCACUCCUUUUCGCAUCAGUGUACAGCUUAAUUUUUUCUUUUGGAAAAACUUUCAAGCUUACGUAAAGUUCCUGUGAAUUUUGGGUCAGCAUUGAAAUCAUAACACCACAGUCUUAGACCUCAGUGUUAACAGUCUUUGUAUAGUUGCAUAAUGUGCGUUUAAAGGCACACAAUCUGUUGAUUUAACAUAGCUAGGACCUGAGGUGAAACUGAUGCCCAGUAGAUACAAAUUGUGAACACAGUGGGACUUUGCCUCCUGGUUCUAGCUGUAUUGACAUUAUACUGGUAAAUGAUAUACUUGUCCUGUGUAUUUUCAGUAAAAAAUGUUCAUUGAAAGUAACUCUGGUUGACUCGAAAGGUGAGGGAUGUGUAGCCACCUAUCAAGAUAAAGUUUUAACAGAUUUUCUUUCAGAUUUAAAUAUUUUGCGCUCAUUUAGAGCAAAUUUAGAAUGACGUUUUCCAGAGCGUUUUAAAGUGCAUGCCAUGACUUCAGCUUUGUUAGGUUGCACUGAAUAAGGACCAGUCCAUGCCCCUCUUUGUAAACCCAUUCUGCAGACUUUUUCUGACUGUCAAGAAUCUUCUGCUUCUUGACUGUCGAGUUUUGGACCCAAUUAUACUGACAAUAUUUCAAACCCUUGGGUCGGAUGGAGUUCACCCACACUACUGAUUGAAUCCUAAUCAACCUUGAGAUCUUGUACAAAAUCCAAAUGACAGUGCUGGGCUUCCACUGCCUGCGCCAGCAACAUCUCAUUUUCUGCCAAAUCCUCAUCAAAGUGUAGACAAAUCAAAGAGAGACGGAGAUCCAGGAAAGCAUGGGAUUUGGUCGAGUUGUACAGUGGGAACAUACAGUUUGAUGGAAAAUUUAAAGAAUUAAGGUUGUACCCUCAGUAUGCUCAAUGGAUCUCAUCUGGAUUUCAUCUGGAGAAGGAAUGCAGGAUUAGGUUAUUUCAAAAUGUUAGAGAUUAAAGGUAAAUGCUGGGAUCAAUUUUGAUUCGUGGAUUCCUGCUGAGUAUUUUCGGGUAGCAUCCUUCAAACUUAGAAUUUCAGGAAUGUGUCUUCUCUUCUAGGCCCUCUCCCUCGCCUUAAAUUUCCUCUUUGUUUUGGCAGCGAAGGGAGCAUUCAGCUGGAUUGUUUGGGUGGGAUCCAGGACAAGAUUACAGUUUGUGCCACAGACGACUCGUACCAGAAGGCCAGGGAAAGCAUGGCACAAGUUGAAGAGGAGACUCGCAGUAGGAGUGCCAUCGUCAUCAAGCCGGGUGGAAGAUACGUAGGUGAGGACACAUGGCGCAGAAUCACGCAGAGCGCCGACAUGCUCCUGAACCCUGCAUGUGUUCAUGUAGCCUGUCUGUGCCAGUGAUCAGGUACAAAUUGCCACGCACAGAUUGUGUGAGUCUGGGGCUGACUGGUAGAGAGAGAAUCUGCCAACAAUCUUCAUUUGUAACUAGGAUUUUAUUGAAUUUGAUGGGGGUCUUUUCCUCUGUGGUCAGAGACAUUAAUCACUAACACACGUGUACACAGCCCCUCCAUUCCCUUUAAUCUAUGAAAGUAGUUAAGACCCACAGAGGUGUCAUUUUCGUCUUGCAUAACUCAUCAACUCUCAGACCUCUUGUUUUGAUGUCUGACCUGAGCUGUAAAACACUUUGUGCAGCCUUGCCUCGCUGCCUGCAAAGAAAUAAAUCCAGUAAAAGCCUCUUCACUGUUUAAUGUUGAGUCAAGAAUGUUUAGUCCGUGAGUGCAGCGGAGCACAAAAGUGUUUUUGUUGCAGUAGGAGGCAAAACAAGAAUUAUUUGAAAACUGAAUCACCUUAAAAAAGAAGGUCUCAGCCGGAGGAGGUGAUGAUAGCUGUUUGUUUGUAAUGGAAGGUAAGUUUGAGUGGCUGUGGUAAAGAUCAGCGCAUGACACAUCAUCUGUGAGUCAUCUGCUGGCUCACUCAGCCAUCAUCACUCACUGAGAUAAAAGAUAUUGACAGGAAUAAAUAUAUGUCUCGCUGGAAUUACAGAAAAUGUGUGUUUUCAAGCACAGGCUGGCAGCCAAAAAGUCAUCUGAUGAGUCCCUUUGUUUCAGCGGUAGAUUUGUUUACAUCCCUAAAAGUGGUAUUCUUCCCUCCCAUCCCCAUGAAACCCUGGUAAUUCAAUACUACCAAGAAAUAGCUGAUACGAUAAAUGCUACUGCGAAAGAAAAAAAUAUUUAUCAAAGUCAUCACAACAUCAAGUAAGAGCAAAUACUAUCUAUUUAUUGUGUAGAUGUCAACAAAAACAUUUAAAUGGGUAUCACAAGGUGUCACGAAAUGAUAGCCGAAAUUUUAAAUCCAGAAAUCUUCCAGCUGUUCCUUCCACGGUAAUUUACCCUCUUCUCAUGUGACUCAUCUUCACCUCAGGGAAGAAGGUUCAGAUCCGGAAACCGGCUCCUGGCCUCUCAGACGUCGCCCCGUUGCGGAGGACAUCUCGGCCUGUCAUCAUCUCCAGCAGUACGCUGAAGAAAGGCACUACUCAGCACAGGCCGCUCCGAGAGCGCCUGCUGCACCUGUUGGCCCUCAAGCCUUAUAAGAAGCCUGAGCUGAUCCUGAGGCUGCAGAAAGAUGGCCUCUUGCCAUUAGAUAAGGACUCCCUGGAUAGCCACCUGCAACAGGUUACACACAUUCAUUGACACUGUGUUUUCAUCCUCAGUCCCUUACCUCGAACUCAAAAGAAGUUACAGUUUGUGAUUAACCCCUAGAUGCAGUGAUCCCCCAGAUUUACCUUUACCUCUUACUUUUCCUAGGUGGCGAACCUGAAUGGGAAGGACAACACCUUCACAUUGAAGGACUUUUUGUACAAAGAAAUUCAAAAGGACUGGCCCGGCUACACAGAAGGAGACCAGCAGCUUCUCAAGAGAAUACUGUUUCGGUAUGUAAGAGAUUGGAGCCCCUUUUACAUUGCUGCUUCAAAAAGCAUCCAUUACACUUUCUCAGCUGUUUAAAACAACACAGAGCCACAACAGCUGGCCUAAGUCCAAUUAAAGUUGAGCAGGGACAAGACAGCAUCAGUGUAAGUCGUUGAAGCACUAAAGCUGGAAUGGUGUCGCAUUUGUGAUCAAUUUGAUUAUUAUUGUUAUUAUUAGUGGUGGUAGUGGCAGUAGUAGAGGUAUGGAGAAGGAGAUGAAUAUGGCACCUUUAAAAAGAGAUAUCGAGAAAGUGAGUUAAAGCAAAGGUAAGAACUCAAUGAUAACAGAUUUAAACAUUUGACAGUCAGACUUGUCUGAGUGUGUGCGCAUGUGAAUCUUGCUCUGUGAGUCGCUCGUAUUGCCUCCUGUGCUUUCACAACACUAUAAUGCAAUGCCAAAUCCCGCUUUGGGACACCAAUAUUACACUGCUGCAGGGCUCAGUGUAAAAGCACAAAGGUGAAGUGACAGCAGAAUCCCAGUGUGAAAAAAAUGCAAAAUGGUACGGACUGCCUUUCCUUCCCCUUUCUGUUGACAUCUGGUGACACUUAUUUUUCUGAGAAUCAUGUGAUUUUGCAAAAAGGUUGUUUUUUUUUUCUUUCUUUUCAAAGAUUGGCACUACAAAUAAAAACUGUUGUAGUGAAUGUCCCAUUGAUUUUGUGAUAGUUGCUGUGUUUGUGAACCAGCCUCUUAGCUUUGUAGCAGCAGUUUCAUUAGUAAUCUAACAAAUCAUCUUGUUACUUGCUUUAUCAUUUUCUUCCUUUAAUUCUUUUCUCACUCACAGGAAUUACAAUCAGGAUGUUGUGCAGUCUGAAAUUUCGACAACUGCAAACUUUAAAACGGCGUGUUUCGUUGUUUUUUGUUUGUGUUGACACACUGGCAUGAGUGAAGCCACAGGAUGUUGGCUCUGGUUCUUAAGAAUAAUAGAACUGCCAAGUACUGUUGAGACACUCUCUUCAUAAAAAAAAGAGAAGUAUGCAAACAAAAUCUUUUCCACUUGAAAUGAUAGGAUAGAAACCUGUGAUAUUAUGGUACAUGAGGUAUGAUUCGGAUACAAAAGGUCAGCUUUGAUUGACUCUUCUCUUCCAGAUAUAUAUAUUUUUAAGCAUAUAAGAAUGGAUUUGCCCGCAUGUGGCCAGGAAUGUGUCUGUGUGCUCCACUUAGUUUCAUGUUAGUGUUGUAUUUGUUGACAGCUUGAGCUGCUGGCCUUUUCCCCCUGCGGAAAAAUCUGGUUUCUCAGGAUCUGGGACACUAAGGAAAAGCAAACUCUCUGUUGGCUAUAUUUAGAGCAGGCUGCAAUGCUCAGCUUUCAGUUUGUGUUUAUGUAGUGAGCUGAAGUCGACCCUAGUCACGAUAAGCUUAGUUUACCUGUGUAACAACUCAAAAGGCAACCAGUGUUUUAAAACUUCUUGACAAAAAAAGAUUUUGAAAAACACAAAAAUGUAGAUGUUUUAAAAUGUAUGAUCUGAAAUAUCUGCGUGUUGACGUAGUUUUUGUGGUGGUUAAGCCUUUUGAAUGUGGUUUUCCAUUUUUGUGCAUAUACAUGUUCCUCUGUGUAGAGACAUGUAUAAGACCGCACUCUUGAACUCUGUUUCAGCAGUACUUUGUGCUCGGUUUUUGAGUUUAUCAGCUGACUUACAACCACAGCCUCCCACCUAACACCACCUCCCCCCUCCCCACCUCCUCCAGAGUUUUUGAGCUAAUGCAGUCAGUCACGCAGGAGCAGCAAAGCAACACGACUGGAACGCACAUGAUGUAACAGUGUUCCAGCACAUGCUGAUCCGUGUGUGAGGUGGCAUCAGUCCAAGGUUCAGCCGUAUCUGUUGGCCUGCUGUCUCACUCGUAGCUCCUGCCUAUCUGAGCAUCCCCACAGAUACAGACACACACACAGAGACACACACACCCUGAUUGAACUAGGGUGGAGUGUUGACAAGACGUAGUGUACCCAACUGCCCUCUUUUGAUAAUGUCAUCAGCUGUGGAAGCAGCAUCCCUGCAAAGGCAAACUGUUCUUUUCAACUUCUGAUUGUUGUGUCGAGUUUAUGGCAGUGGCUCUUUAGUUUUAUCAGCAACAAAGCUCAAAAUCUCUGUCAAAGAUAGCCUAGUAAAAAUUUAAAUUUAUCUGGAAAUGAACUCCAUGUUGAAAACGAUCUCUGAAUCAGUGGGUUAGCAACCAUUUUGUCAAACCUUCAAUCCGAAGUUUUAACAGGUUACGACAGUCUUAAUUUGAGACCUUUUUUAAUACCUGUCACCCCUGCUACUGAGUCACAUUCAAACAAAGCAAUCCACAGCAUACAAACUUUACAGUUUCCUGUGUGAAAUAUUCAGAAUAACUAGAACAUACGCUGGUUUAAAGGAAGCAGGACGACAUACGCAAGUAUGGGAUAUAAUCUGCAAAGAAGUAGGAUAUACUGCUUAAAACCAAAGGUCCAAGUAUAUCUGCUUAAACAUAGUCUUGAGUUGAGAAGGUUAUGUGCUGUUUAUCCUGUUGGGUAAGUGUAUUUUGGCACAGACAUUUUUUGUUGACUGUGCUUUUGCUGUGUGACAGAUUAAUCUGGUACAGUGAGGUCAGAGUUCAUCCCAUUCUGAUCAGUCUGGAGCUUUGUUCACAUCGAGCUAUUGGGGGAUUCUCAGCAGAUAAUUACCACUCAGACCGCUCUGUACAAAGAAGAGAUUACUGUGCAGUUAUCAAGCCCCCGGUCAAGAUGUUGAGAUCUAGAGUUGUAUGAAAAGAAAUGCAGCACAGCGCUUAUUGAAAUAAACUAACAAAGUAGUUGAUUUUUGAGAAUGCAUUCUAACCUACAAAACAACAUCCAUACUCAAAGUGAGCUGCAGUACCAUAUUCCCUCUCUCUCACUUCGUCUCUGUCACCGCAGAGUGCCAUGCCACUUACUCACUCGUCUCAAACUCGCUGCCAAAGUUUAACUAUUGAAUAGACACGGAGCGGUGAAAUUAAACUUACUCUUCUUUGUUGUGAAGAAAAUAGAUCAUUUAUCUUUCAUAACAGACUGUUUGUAGAUUAUUUGAUUGAAUAUUUUCAAUGUUGCUUUGUGUUUUUUUUUUAUUAUUAUUUUCAGCAGAGUGUGGCAAUGGUAAAAUACUGCUUUGUCAAGUAUGCCCUCCUUUGCUCUGUUGUCAUAGCUACUCUCUCAGCUUCACAAAUCAACUGUUGUGCUCUGUUUGUAUUGUCUUCAUUCAUCUGCUGGAAGAGCUUUGCUCUGAAGAAAUGGCAGACAUGUUUAUUACUUUUGCUCUAGGGACAUGUGAAGUUCUACUGGCAUGAAUUUCUCCAAAUGAUUGUGUCAGUAACAUUGGUCUUUAAUAUUUCUGUAAAACAAGCAUUGUUUACACUGAGAGGAUAAUCAGAUCAAGCUAAAGCUGCAUUUGCACCUACAUCUUAAACCUAAAGAUGAGGGGAGGAUUAGGUGGUAUUUCAGUGAAGUACUGCUGUUUACAGUUAAGAUCAUUCAAGCUUUCUCAUUAUGUGCUUGCGUUUACUUUCUCAGGAAACAGAACCAGGCUCAGAACAGCUCUGCCCCUCCACUGGAGAGCCCGCCCAAAGAGCCAGCCAACAGCUCGCCAUCUCAGGUGAGCUUUCUAUUCUUUUUUUUUUUUUUUUUUUUUUUUUUAACUUUUGCUCAGCCCGUCACUCUUUACCCAGCUUCAGCUCUCCAUGUUAGAAAUGCCCUUGGUUUGUGGCAAUGAUAUUUCAGAGUUGUAAAAAGAUAAAUUGUAGUAGAAUUAUUUUAAAGUACAUUCCUGUCCUUAGAAAACAAAUCAAUCAAUAUUUCCACUCUGCUGUUAAUUCUUAAUUUUCCUCUUCCUUUGCUCGUGUUAUACUGAAUUUUAUCACCCUCAACAUGUUGAAUGUUAAUUCUGCAGAAUGCAGACAUAUCUGGGUCAUCUUUCAUCAGUGCUUUUUUGCCUUCUUCCUCAGAAUUGAUAGGUAAGUUGGGGGAAUUUUGAAUCAGAAUAUUUGUUGGGUUUUUUUUCUCAACAUUGCCACCAGUUUACCAACACAGCAAAUGGCAGUUCUGUGGUUUCUGUUUUUUCCCAGGGAGGGUAUUUUAAACUUUGAGGCUCGCUCUAAACUGAUUUCAUUCCCACUCUGUCUUGCCAGAGAAUACAUCAAAUGACGUUAUAAUAUAUGUUGAUUGAACCAGGACCAUUUGACCUAAAUUGCUAAGAUGUUUUUUUUAAUCUAAUGAUAAGUCUUUCAUGAUGCACUAAAUUUUACUCAAAUUCUGUUCCCUUACUCAUGCAGUAUUUAUUUGUUCACAUCCCAUGUUUUCCUCCUCUUUCUUUGGGACAGUUCAUUGUGUACACGUCUAUUAGACGGAGGGAGAAGAGGCUGCUCUGCUUUAUUCAUUGCAGUUUCCUCUCAGGUUCCCCUCACAUCAGACGUCUACUGUGUGUCCCUCCCUUUUCACCCCCUCGGUACACACUGCACACAAACACAUGAGCAAGCAUCACCAGGAUUUCUUUUUUGAAUAUACUCUUGUAAAAGGUGAAAUUUUGUGAGAGCUUCAGGUAGUUGAGAGGCGGAUCAGGAAGUGCUGCGUGGCAAACAAGGCCCGACUAAAUCUACACAAACAGAAAUCUAGUCGUAUUAAAAUAAUUUUUCCAUUCUAUUUUAUAUCAUGCGAGUGCUGUAAUAUACUUCAUCUUUUUUCUUUUAGUGUGGACUGAACAUUGAUGUGUUUUUUACAGCCUUUAUUUGAACAGGGACUGUGGAUCUUACUCUAACUUAUAAUCCGUUGUCUGUGCUUUCUUUGAAGAAAUAUACCAUGAACAGCGAGGAUACUUUUCCCCCAGAUUUAUAAACACUUGUGAUAUUCCAUCCUGGCAACAAAUCUAACAUGAAAAUGAAAGACUGGCGACUAGUAAAGUGUCGAAGUAAAGAAGGAUAGAGGAAGUCUAAUGGCUGAAGUGAGAGAAGAUUUAUGUCUGUGUUGAGUAUCCACGAGGAUGUAGUUUGCAUUAUCCUCCGGCACAACCUCCUGUUUUCAGAAAAGACAGCAGUGAGCUGGUUGUUUGCUGCUGUUGGUGUAUAUUUGCUGUGCUGUGAAUGACCUUUACAGUACCAGCAGGCAUUAGCUGCCAGCUAAGUUUAAAGUCGAAGUUGAAGAGGAAAAGAUAUGAGCAAGUUUUUUAUCAUUUCCUGAAGUCUGCAAGGCUUCAUUAUGAAGGCAGUAUUUCACUGUAGAGUCACAGAGGUCUGCAUAUUUUCUGCAUUUUCCUGCUCAUGUGUCCUUUCCAGUCACAGGCCUUGUUUCCCUGUGUGCAGCAUGUAAACUAUUCUGAUAUGUUUCUUCAUAUUUUUGUUUGUUUUGUUUUAUUCAAAUUAGAAAUUAGAAAAUCAAUAGAGAGAGCAUUAACAGUAUGAAAAUAUAUUUCCAUAUGCGGUUGAAAAUAAUCAGAGAGCCUUGCAGGACCAAACAGAAUGCAUGAUUUUUGUUUCAGAAGCCCAGAGUGCUCUGGUAAGGAGGAACACACAACACGCAGUCAUUAGUUGAGCCACUCCCACAGACCAUUCUGUGGACUGAGUCAAACAGGACUUGUCUGUAAUGUAAUCCCUGGUAUUGUGAAAAGACAGCACAGUCAUCAUAGACUCAGUGCUGCUGAGAACAUUGGAUCUCUGAUGCUAUUCCUUCUUGCCUUUUCUUCCUUCUCUUUGUUGUUUUUCAGUUCAUCUGCUUGUUCUUCAUUCUCACCUUUGCUCCCUCCUUUGUCCUCUACAGCUCAGACUAUUCUUGUUGCUCUGACCUGAGCUGCAUUUUUCUCUCACUUACUAAGAAUUGAAAUAAAAGUGAGCCCUAUUUUUGGGUUCUGCCUCUAACGCUGCUAUUUCUCUGCCAGAAACGGCCUGCUGCUGACUUCAUUGACCCUCUUGUCAACAAAAAGCCCAGGAUAUCACACCUUGCCAGCAAGGCUGCAACAGCCCCGGUCAAUGGCAAGCUCAGCACCUCCAACGGGAGAGGAGAGGGAAAUGUAGUGCAGGCAGGAGUGGUGGUUUCUAUGUCCGACAGCGGCAUAAUGUCCAGCUCCCAGCAACUGCCUGUGCUGGACAUCCCUCGUCCUUUCGAGGCGCUGUCGGACGUCAGCAACGACUCCAGCCACAACGGGAGGGACUGUGACUCUCAGGAAACAGCCGUGUCUGAGAGGCUUAGCCAACCUCCCCCAGUGUUCUCGGGCUCAGCGGCGCCCUCAACGCCCAGCAUCAGCACAUUAUCACCCAGACACACGGGCCCGGACGUCCCUACAGACAAGAACCCUUCCUCCUCGAACAACAAAUCCAAAAAGAAGUCAAAAAAGCAUAAAGACAAGGAAAAGAGUAAAGACAGGGAGAGGGUGAAAGAAAGAGGGCAGGAGAAGGAGAGGAAGAGUCGUCAGGAGAGUGUGCCUGAGCCGAACAGAGCCUGUGAGCAGAGCCAAGGAAACCUCAAAAGCAACAGUAUUCCACACAAAAGCACAGGUGACAAAACAACACAGUGACAAACAUGACUUUUUCUUUUGGCUAGAAAGGUCUAUGCUCUUAACUGCUCUGAAUAAAAGUAGUACUUGGAACCAAUAAGUCAUCACUGUGAGUAGGUGAUGCAUCAUAUGACUAUAAAGUGACUCAAUGAUAGAAUGGAGACCCCUGGUGUUCAGCUUUGUGCCUUUCAACAAGCCAACAGAUAGCAUCUUCAGAGUCUUUACAUGUGAAAGAAAUAACAUACGCAGUUACUUAUCAAAAAUAAUGCUUUUUUGUCUGGUGUUGUCUUGCCAGUUGCACCACCGCAGGUCCGAGGCAGCAAAGAUAACGUUCAUUUUCUUUGACCUUGUUUCAGAUCUGAAUGGAUUGUGCAACAGUACCAGUAUUCCUCUGUCAUCGCCUGAGGUGGCAGACUAUUUGUUGUAAGUGUUUAACCACUUAAGCCCUCAUUUAAUUAAACGGAUUAUGCUGCAAUACUAAUAAAUAGUCGAUACUUAGUGUUCCUAUUAAGUGUAUCAGAACAACUGAGGCUAGAACCUGACACAGCAAACCCCAUAAGUAGAUUGAGGAAGCACUGAGAGGCAGACAUGUUGAGAUAGCUGAAAGGGAAACAUGUACACUGGUGUUUUUAGAACACAGGAAGUUAGUUUUUGUCGUUCGGCUACUUAACAACAUGAUUAGCUGCUCAGAAGCGGCUGUGAGACACAAAUCAUCAAGGGAGAGAUGUUUAUGUAAAUCUGAUUGUAUUUUUACAAUUUGAGGUUUCAAAAUAUCAGUCACAUAUUUUUAGUGAAGAGGUAAAUUCCUAGUUCCAUAUCAUGUUUCUUUUCUUGAAGUAAAUGUUCUGUAAUUUCACUUCUAGGAAGUACACAGUGAUCAGCUCACCAGAGCAGCGUCAGAAGUAUAAAAAUGAUUUCAACACUGAGUACAGUGAGUACAGGGAUCUACAUGCUCGGAUAGAAAGCAUCACCCGCCAGUUUACUGUGCUGGACAAUGAGCUCAAACAGCUUCAACAGGGCACAGACAAAUACCAGGUAGACACACACGCACGCACACACACAUACACACACAUUGAUGCUAUGUUUGUCUUCAGUAACUUCAUUCAACUGAUACAUUAUAAAGUAUACCCAUUUCAACCCUCCCUCUUGUCCCUUUUGUUGUGUCUCGUCUUUACAGACAAUCCACAAUCAGAUACUUGAAGAGUAUCACAAAAUAAAAAAGGUGAGUUCACAUUUAACAAAAACAGAUUUUGAUAGAGUCAAGCAUCUAAAUACUACCCCCAUUUCUUGAAAAUUGGGUUACUAUGUAAAAUGUAAAAAGGGGCGCUGUUCUAGAGGUUUAAGUGUGUGUAUUCCCCCACACUCUAUACUCCAAAUUCAAAUCCCUAAAUUUAAGUUUGUGCUAAGAAGCAUUAUUCAAAAACUACUUGAACUCCCACAGUCUCUCAAAGAGAGGCAAACUUUUCUUAUCGUUACUUCUGAGACAUUCUGCCUCUCUGAAAUACACUUUUAUUCUCGAUCAUAUCUUUCAACAUGUUGCAAUUUAACCUACUUAGUUGAGAGAUUAAGUGAUUUUCUCUCUUUUUUUAGUUAAUUUUUGGACAUUAAUUAGAUAUGAAAAAACACAGGAAGUGGGGAGUAGGAAGCAGAGUAUGAUCGUGGCUGAGAGUCUAAUCAACAUGGACUAUAGUCUCUGUGCAUGGGGCACGCACUAGGCUAACACGUGUUUGUUUAAGCACAACACAAUGUUCUCAGCAUUUUGUCGUUUCUGUUUCAACUUUUAUGAAAACAUAUUGCUUGCAUCAAAUUCAAAAUUGGCUUUUUUUGUCAUAAAACUGGAAUUUUAUCCUAAGUGUUUUAGAAAUUGUCCUAGCAUUAUUUUAAGUGCGUGAAAACUUCCAUUCAGCAACAUGCUGUCUCUGUGAAGCUGUGUAGCUCUUUCUAGAAGCCACUGUUUCCUUUAAAUUUAUGAAUAUAACCUUGUGAGGGAGAAAAGCUGCUAAGAAACGGCACUGCUACCCCAGUCCUCCUCACUUUGUAUCCAGAACUUGUCUUGCACAGAAAGUGCUAUCUUCCAGGUAAAGUGCCAUAACACAAUAUAAGCUCUCUUUGCUUUUCAUACUGGUGUGUUGGUCCGAGUAUGGGAUGCAGCCCUCUUUUUAGAUGACAAAUACAGGUGUCAAAAGUAUGUCUCAUGUAAAGGUUAUAAGUGACUCUCAAACCAUCAAAAUCUGUUUUAUCAUUACUUCUAAACUGUUUGAAAAUGGGGUUUUAAUCCGAUUGUGAUUAUGUCCUUUUUCUCUUGCAGACUAAUCCAAACUAUAGUCAAGAGAAGAACCGCUGUGAAUAUCUACACAACAAACUGGCACAUAUAAAAAGACUUAUUUCCGAGUACGAUCAGCAGCAACUUUAGUGGUAGUUAUUGACACAUUGUUUCCCUGUUAUCUCUGGAAACCAAGCAGAUAAAGGAAAACUCUGGAUUCCACUUGUGCUAACAAAUUGUUCUCAAGCAAAAUGCCAUGAAGGGAGUGUUCCCCUCGCUGGGGCCAAAGGCUCUAGUGAGGACUGAGCAGGACGCAAUCUGUUUCUCUCUUUCCUUUUUCUCUUUUACGGUGGGCCAGGUCCAUCUGUGUAGUUACAACGCAUCCUUAAAAAGAAGGUUCUGUUUGGCUUUGUUUUUUCCUCGACAGCCCACCCUGCUUAUAUUGCACAGAGCUCUGAUGGAGUCACACAGAAAAGUGUUCCCACUCUAUUGGGAGAUGAGCCUUCAGAUUGUUGUUAGCAAAAUGCAACUGUGUUUUCAGUUUAGAAAAAAUUAAGGGAAUUUCCCCAUUACUGAAUCGAAGAGUUUAGACAUUGAAUUUCUUUCUAUUUAUUUUAAGUUGGGGGAUGGGGUCUGUUUUACACUCCUCAAUAUCAGUACUUUAAAGCUGUCUCUCUUAUCUCCAGUCCUCAUAUCUUGAAUGUCAGCCAGUAUUUAAUUCAGAAGCUGCCUUGCCCAUCCAUCUGUCCAUCUGUUGGUGUUCAUCAUUUCCUCUCUUCUAAAGAGAUGUAGUUAUAACUAUUGAUUAAAUCAAAAUAAUGUCUUGAACUGCUCUCAGUCAGACGCAGGUUUUUGUACCUGUCUUUUCUUUUUUUUUUCUGAAAUCACAUGUAGAUGUCUUAACUAAGGGGACAUGCGGGGAAAUUUCUAGUCACUCUAGAGCUUCGGAUUUUCUUUGAGCGCAGUCCCAUCACUCAGUCAUGACCUGCUGCAGUUCUUGUUCUCUGAUUUCAGCUGUAGUUCUCUGUUCUGGUUCAUAAAUUAGAUCAGCAAAAAAAAGAAAGCAAGCUCUGAACUGGUUGUCUUUUCAGUUUAGGUCAUGAUGGCUUUUGUAGCACUAGCAUUGUUCAAAAUGAUCUUAAUGCUUCAGAGGAUCCUUGAAUUGUAAGAGGAUGCAGGCAAAUUUGCAGGCUUUUUCCUGAAAAAUGUCCAAAAAUGAAGUUGAGCCACUGAUCUGAUAUCUUACUUUCCCUUCAUCGUUAUCUUGAAGAGUAGCGUCAAAAUUGUGUUUACAGUGUCUUCAAAAAAGAUCAAAUGUUUUGUUUGCUCAUCAGCCCACAUGCUAGUCCAUCGAGACGACUGUUAAGAUCAAGCCAUCCUCGAUCAUCUUCCAGGGAAAGCUCACCUGUGACCAGUGUUUGCCUUUCUCAAAUGUGAUGUCAGAUAUUCACGGAGGUGAACCUGAAAUCUUUUUUCCUGGAUCAGCUCUCCUCUUUAAGAGGUGUCAAGACGACAAAUUCGAAAUGCUGUUCUGGAACUUUACCUGAUGAACGAGCGAGUUGAGUUUCGUCGGCGAAUGCAUUUCUUAUAUCGACCUUUUUAUGUGAAUAUGAAAAAUCAGCACUUUUUCUCCUGAUCUUGCUGUUACCUGGGAGUUUUGUCCAGUGACCUUUCUCUCUGUCCAUCAGAGUGCAUGCUUUAUGAAUGUGUUACAUUGAACAGUCUUUGUAUCUCUACUUGAAAAAAAAAAAACUGCCCAAGGAUCUCAAUAUCCACGCAAACGCCUAGUCCACCUGAAUCAGUAUGUAAUCAAUCCGCCAUGGGUCUGACCAGCAUGUAUACCAAAGUGCUUACUGAGUGGAAGGAAUCAAAUCACUCUACCAAAUGAUGGCAAAGGAACGUGUCACAGUAUUCUCUUCUCUCUGUUAUCAUUUCUGUGCUUAUUAUUUAUCAUCCAGUGAAAGCUGUGCCAGUGUUUUCUUCUAUGAAGUAACAGGACAGUCCUUUGCCCCAGCCUAAAUUUACAGAACUUGGCUCGAGUGCUUUGAUGUAAUGCCAGGUUUCAGAUCAAAUCACUCAACUCAUGCAAACACUACAUCAAAGCCAGUUGUGUGAGACCAAUCGCAGCCUUGCUGUCUGGUCUAGACUGGGGCUGGAUCCAGGACUUAAAGAUCUUUGGGCGGGGGACGACAAAGUGAAAGCCUUCCAGAAUCGAUGGUCCUGCUGCCUUCAAUGAGAAAAACGCUUCUCACCACUCUUGAUGUUCCUUGUUUUCUAGUCCUAUUCUUUGUAUGAUUACUGUAUUACACCUGUUUUACAGUCAAAAACCAUUGUGAAUGAGUUGAUCAGUAAAUGCAUUUUCCUCCAAUGGAGAGUGAAGUGUUUGGAAGUAAUGAUAUGCCAGCACAGGAGAACUGUUGUAUGAGUUGAUAGUGCCAAAAGGACCUGUUGUAAAGGUUUUUUUUUUUCUUUUCUGAGUAUAUAGUACAUGCUGCUGUAAAAGCAAGGAGAGCUUUGGAGAACAGUCGUGAAAUGUUGGCGCUAAAACCCAAAGCACGCUUUUUGAAAACCAUAAGGGACUGGGACUGAAAUUGAUCUUUAUUUCAAUAAAAUUCUUUAAAUCUUUAUUUGUGAAAUUCUGAACCAUGUGUCUGUUAUCUCUCACUAAAUGGGAUUUUCAGUGCAUAUUUUUGUCAGAAACAUUGGGUGUUUGGGUAAAUGGCUGGAAUUUAACAUUUAUC